AUGGGACAAGGUGCUUAUGGUGUAGUUUGUGCCGCAAAAGACACAGAAUCAGAUGAUCAAGUUGCUAUUAAGAAAGUUUGUCGUAUAUUUGAGAAAACCAUUCUUGCAAAAAGAGCAUUACGUGAAGUUAAAUUACUGAGAUUUUUUAACGGACAUGAAAAUAUUACGUCAGUACUUGAUAUGGACAUUGUUAAUUUCCAAGACUUUAAUGAACUUUAUCUAGUUCAAGAAUUGAUGGAAGCAGAUCUUCAUCAAAUCAUUAGAUCUGGACAACCAUUAACUGAUGCACAUUUCCAAUAUUUUGUAUACCAGAUUUGUAGAGGGCUCAAGUAUAUUCAUAGUGCCAAUGUUUUGCACAGAGAUUUAAAGCCAGGAAACUUAUUGGUUAAUGCUGAUUGUGAAUUAAAGAUUUGUGAUUUUGGACUUGCUCGUGGAUAUUCUGAUAAUGCAGAGUAUAACAUUGGAUUUAUGACCGAAUAUGUAGCUACAAGAUGGUAUCGAGCACCUGAAAUUAUGUUGAGCUUUCAUAACUAUACUAAAGCCAUUGAUAUGUGGUCGGUUGGCUGUAUUUUUGCAGAGAUGCUUGGUGGUAAACCUCUUUUCAAAGGAAGAGAUUAUGUCGAUCAAUUGAACCAAAUUCUUGGUAUUCUUGGUACUCCUGAUGAAGAAACAUUAGUUAGAGUUGGAAGUGAAAGAGCUCAAGUUUAUAUUCGUAGUUUACCUAGAAUGCCAAAAAUACCUUUUGAGAAUUUAUAUCCUGCAGCUAAUCCUUUGGCAAUUGAUCUUUUAAAUAAACUUUUGGAAUUUGAUCCUUCAAGGCGUAUUACUGUUGAAGAAGCACUUGCUCAUCCUUAUCUUAGUGCAUAUCAUGAUGAAGAUGAUGAACCAACACAUUCCAGUACGUUUGACUUUUCUUUUGAAGUUGUUGAUUCAAUUGAUGAAAUGCGUUGUAUGAUUGCUCAAGAAAUUAUGUCCUUUAAAGCAAGUCUAGGACAAUCUCAGUAUUAUCAUAUUGGUAACAAUGGAACCAGCUUAAAGAGACGUGAAAGUAUGUCUGCUCAGGAUCGUGAAACAUUAGUAGCUGCUCAAGCUAGAGCAACUCUUGGUUCCAAUCUACCUACAGAAAUGAUACAAGGUGGAACUGGUUCUGUUGCUGAGACAGCUGUUAACCCGCUAAAAUAUCAUAUAGAAGUUGAUGAGUUAGAAAGAGAAUUAAGUGGUGCAUAUUAA